UCGAGAGGGCCAGCAUGUUGGUUAUUCUGCUGAACUGCGUUACUUUGGGAAUGUUCCACCCUUGUGAGGACAGCCGCUGUGACUCAGAGCGAUGCAAGAUCCUGGAGGACUUUGAUGACUUCAUCUUUACUUUCUUUGCUGUGGAGAUGGUCAUCAAGAUGGUUGCGCUGGGCAUCUUUGGGAAAAAGUGUUACCUUGGAGAUACAUGGAAUCGGCUGGACUUCUUCAUUGUUUUGGCUGGAAUGCUGGAAUAUUCGCUCAACCUCCAGAAUGUUAGCUUCUCCGCCGUCCGCACGGUCAGAGUACUGCGUCCUCUUCGGGCCAUCAACCGGGUGCCCAGUAUGAGAAUCCUGGUGACGCUGCUGCUGGAUACACUCCCCAUGCUGGGCAAUGUGCUGCUGCUUUGCUUCUUUGUUUUCUUCAUCUUUGGGAUUGUGGGGGUCCAGUUAUGGGCCGGACUGCUGCGUAACCGCUGCUUCCUUCCUGAGAACUUCUCACUGCCUGCCAGUCUAGACCUUCACAAUUACUACCACACAGAAAACGAUGAUGAAAACCCGUUCAUCUGUUCUCAACCGCGAGAGAAUGGCAUGCGACUGUGCAGCUCGGUCCCUACACUCCACGAGGAAGGCCUGCAGUGCCAGCUGGAUAUGGCAUCUUACAAUAACACAGACAACACCACCUGUAUCAACUGGAACCAGUAUUACACCAACUGCUCCGCCGGACAGGUCAAUCCCUUCAAGGGGGCCAUAAACUUUGACAACAUUGGUUAUGCCUGGAUCGCCAUCUUUCAGGUCAUUACACUGGAAGGAUGGGUGGACAUCAUGUACUUUGUUAUGGAUGCUCACUCCUUCUACAACUUCAUCUACUUUAUCCUCUUAAUCAUAGUAGGGUCGUUCUUCAUGAUCAACCUUUGUCUAGUUGUCAUAGCGACACAGUUCUCUGAGACCAAGCAACGGGAGAGUCAGCUCAUGAAGGAGCAAAGAGUUCGUUUCAGGUCCAACGCCAGCACGCUGAACAGUUUCUCCGAGCCGGGAAGCUGCUACGACGAGCUACUCAAGUACCUGGUCCACAUCAUCCGCAAGGGAACCAGGCAGAUCGGGCACCUCAUUCGGGCCGCAGGUCGCCGGGCGGGCCUGAGGGUCUGUGCUUCUCCACAGGUGGAACCGCCACCUGUUAAAAGACGUCGGCAGAAGCAGAGACAAGCAUCCAUCCGGCAUCACAUGCACCAUCAUCACCUCCAUCACCACUACCAUCUGGGCAACGGGAGCGUCCGUGCCAAUGUGGGCCGAGAGGUGGACACGGGCUCCCAGAGUGCCGCGCAUCUAAUUCUACCCGUCAUCAUACCCCAUCAAGACCCACAUUCUCCGUCCCUGAUGUCUCUAGGUCCUGGCACUGCCGAAUCUGUGCACAGCUUCUUUCACAUGGCGGGUCCCCUUGAGCCUUUGCGAUGCGGCCCCUCGCCUUCUCUCACAGUUCUCCAGGCCUACAAGAGGAAUUCGGUCCCUUUCGCUGCUCCAGUUCAUAAGAACUAUCCCACGUUACAGUCGUCUUUAGCGUUUGAGCAGCGCAGACAGAGAAUCGGAGACCCGGGAGGAGGCAGUUGCGCGGCUAGUGUUCUUACCAACCUUAACAUCCCUCCAAAUCCAAUAAACACCCCACAGUGUCUUGUGGAGACACAAGGUCCUUCCGGCAAGAUUGCCUGCAAGGAUGCCCCAAUGAAUAGUAGUAGCACAAACCUGGACACCGCUUUGACCUUUGACCCUGAAACGUGUCCCUAUUGCAUCAAAUCGUUGGGCAACGACUCUGAAGGCUUGGACGGAAACGAGACUGCAGACUCUGACAGCGAGGGCAUAUACGAGUUCACCCAGGAUGCCCAUUAUAGGGACAGCAGGGAUCCCAACAGGAAGAAGUUUGCAUUAGGAGCUCGGGCAACGAAGGUGGUUCAUUUCUGGAGGCUGGUAUGCGACACUUUUCGUAAGAUCGUGGACAGCAAGUACUUCGGACGAGGAAUAAUGAUCGCCAUUCUUAUUAACACGUUGAGCAUGGGCAUCGAGUUCCAUGAACAGCCUGAUGAGUUGACAAAUGCUCUGGAGAUCAGUAAUAUCGUCUUUACCAGCCUGUUUGCUUUGGAAAUGCUUCUAAAACUUCUGGUCUACGGUCCAUUCGGCUACAUCAAGAACCCCUACAAUAUCUUUGAUGGCAUUAUCGUAGUGAUCAGCGUGUGGGAGAUUGUUGGUCAGCAGGGAGGAGGUUUAUCCGUGUUAAGGACCUUCAGGCUCAUGCGGGUGUUGAAGCUGGUCCGCUUCAUGCCCGCCCUUCAGAGACAGCUGGUGGUUCUGAUGAAGACCAUGGACAACGUUGCUACCUUCUGCAUGUUGCUCAUGCUUUUCAUAUUCAUUUUCAGUAUUCUUGGCAUGCACCUGUUCGGAUGUAAAUUCGGCUCCGAAAGAGAUGGUGACACGCUUCCUGACCGCAAGAACUUUGACACUCUGUUGUGGGCCAUUGUAACGGUUUUCCAGAUCUUGACUCAGGAGGACUGGAAUAAGGUGCUCUACAAUGGAAUGGCCUCCACCUCACCUGUUGCUGCUCUGUACUUCAUCGCCCUCAUGACCUUUGGAAACUAUGUCCUGUUCAACCUGUUGGUGGCUAUCUUAGUUGAGGGAUUUCAGACGGAGGAAAUAACCAAGAAGGAGGAUUUGCAUGGCCAGCUGAGCUGUAUUCAGCUGCCAAUAGACUCGGGGGGAGAUGGCUCAAAAUCUAACUCAGAAGUCGAUAUUUCUGCACGAAGUUUGGAGGAUGUUUCCGGAGAUAAGAAGGAUCUGACUGCAUGUUCUGUUUUGAUGUUGAACAUCUUAUCCUGUCCCUUCCUCUAUACUCCUUCAGUUGUGCCCAUCAACGGGCAUGUCGACUUCAAAACCAGCCUCACCCCUCCUCUCAUCACCCACACUGCUGCCACGCCCAUGCCUAUCCCCAAGAUAUCUGGAGGAGGAGACCCAGUGCUAGGACACGAGUCCCGCAGAGAUAGCAAUGUCUCCAUGGACCCCACUGGCCAAGAUAAGUCUCCGUCAAGUGCACGGAGCUCCCCUAAUGUCCCCUGGAGUUCAGCCAGUAGUUGGAACAGCAGGCGCUCCAGCUGGAACAGCCUCGGCCGAGCCCCCAGCCUCAAGAGACAAAAACGACAAUCUGGUGAGCGCCGUUCCUUGCUUUCCGGCGACGGCCAGUCCAGCUCGGAUGAGGGCGACAUGGGUGAGAGUGGAGGAGGGGGGGGAAUGUCUGAGGAUGACGAUGCCUCCCUCACCAGGACGGACUCCAUGAGCCAGAGGCCCCGGCACAGGCGCAUGGAGUCCCUGGAGACCCGUAGUUCUUUUGAUCUGCCUCCAGAGACCCUGCAGGUGCCAUAUGUACAUCGCUGUGCCAGCAUACACAGCGCCCUGCCGCCCAACUUCCUCAGCAAUGGCAAAAGUUCCCCUUCGGUGGCCACUGCGCAGCUCUCUCUGGACGAACAACACAGUGAGGAUGACAAUGUGGAUGAGGAAGGAAACCUGAGUCGUGGGGCUCGUCUGUACCGUUGGUUGGAGCAUAAACAGCCAGAAUGGUGCCGACAAAGGGCAACGUGGUCACUUUACCUGUUCCCACCGCAGUCACGGUUUCGUGUGACAUGCAAUAAGAUCAUUUCUCACAAGUUGUUUGACCAUGUGGUUCUGGUCAUCAUCUUUCUCAACUGCAUCACUAUCGCCAUGGAGAGGCCCAGAAUCGACCCCUCCAGUGCUGAACGCAUCUUCCUGACGUUGUCCAACUACAUCUUCACCGCCAUCUUCGUGACCGAAAUGACAGUAAAGGUGGUUGCCUUGGGCUGGUGCUUAGGCAAGAAGACAUACCUGAAAAGCAGCUGGAACAUUCUGGAUGGCAUGCUGGUGAUGAUCUCGGUCAUUGACAUCCUGGUUUCACUGAUCUCCAACAGCGGCACUAAGAUCCUGGGCAUGCUGCGGGUGCUACGGUUACUGAGAACCCUACGACCACUCAGAGUGAUCAGCAGAGCUCCCGGACUGAAGCUUGUAGUUGAGACAUUGAUGUCAUCUCUUAAACCUAUUGGAAACAUUGUGGUCAUCUGCUGUGCCUUCUUCAUUAUUUUUGGCAUUUUGGGAGUUCAGCUCUUCAAAGGAAAGUUCUUCGUGUGUCAGGGGGAGGAUAUACGAAACAUCACCAACAAGUCAGACUGCUUCCAGGCUAACUAUAAGUGGGUCAGGCACAAGUACAACUUUGAUAACCUUGGGCAGGCUUUGAUGUCCCUUUUCGUUCUGGCUUCUAAAGACGGCUGGGUGGAUAUAAUGUAUGACGGGCUGGAUGCCGUCGGUGUUGAUCAACAGCCUGUCAUGAAUCACAACCCAUGGAUGCUUCUCUAUUUCAUCUCCUUCUUGCUGAUCGUGGCUUUCUUCGUGCUCAACAUGUUCGUCGGCGUGGUGGUCGAGAACUUUCACAAGUGUCGACGGCACCAAGAGGCGGAGGAGGCCAAACUGCGAGAGGAGAAGCGACUCAAACGCAUGGAGAAAAAAAGAAGGAAUAUAAUGCUAACCGGUGUCAGUUGGUCGGGUCCUGAUCUCACAUUGAAAGAAGCCCAGAGUAAACCCUAUUACUCCGAUUACUCACCCACACGGCUUUUCAUCCACAAGAUGUGCACCAGCCACUAUCUGGACCUCUUCAUCACGAUUGUCAUCGGCCUGAAUGUCAUCACCAUGUCCAUGGAACACUACCAGCAGGCAAAGGUUCUGGAUGAGGCUCUGAAGAUCUGUAACUACAUUUUCACCAUCAUAUUUGUGCUGGAGUCCGUCUUUAAGCUCGUUGCCUUUGGGUUUCGCCGCUUCUUCAAGGACAGGUGGAACCAGUUGGAUCUUGCCAUUGUGCUGUUGUCUAUAAUGGGAAUAACUCUAGAGGAAAUUGAGGUCAACGCGUCCCUUCCCAUCAACCCCACCAUCAUCCGCAUAAUGAGGGUGCUGCGGAUCGCUCGUGUGUUAAAGUUGCUAAAGAUGGCUGUAGGAAUGCGAGCCCUCCUUGACACCGUGAUCCAGGCCUUGCCUCAGGUGGGCAAUCUGGGUCUUCUCUUCAUGUUGCUCUUCUUCAUCUUCGCAGCGCUGGGAGUUGAGCUGUUUGGUGAUCUGAUAUGUGACGAGUUGCACCCAUGUGAAGGUCUCGGCCGCUACGCCACGUUUAGGAACUUUGGCAUGGCAUUCCUCCUGCUAUUCCGUGUAUCCACAGGGGACAACUGGAAUGGCAUUAUGAAGGACACACUCAGAGACUGCUCCCAGGACACGGGCAUCUGCUACAACACGGUCGUUUCCCCCAUUUACUUCGUAUCGUUCGUCCUGACGGCACAGUUUGUUCUAGUCAACGUGGUCAUCGCAGUGCUCAUGAAGCACUUGGAGGAGAGCAACAAAGAGGCAAAGGAGGAGGCUGAGCUGGAGGCAGAGAUGGAGCUUGAGCUGGAGACCGUGGGUGGAGAUGGUGGGAUACCCCGGGGACGUAUGCCACCCCUGGGGCCUGGUGACAUGGGAGGGCCGGGGGGGUCACCUUGGAUAUUAAGGGACUCUCAGGACCUGUCGCGACCUGUUUAUCCUGCAGAUAGUCCACCAGCAGACAUAUGCAGAGAUUCAGAAAACCACAUAACAGCAGAUCCGGAUCCUCCGCCAAAUUUGGAACCACCGUUGGAGCGGAGGCCAAUGUUUGACUCAGUUUCCCUGGUGAUCCAGGGCUCACUGGAAGGCGAGCUCAGCAUCAUGGACAACCUCUCUGGCUCGAUCUGCCACUUCUACGCUCUGCCUCCCUUUUCCAGCAAGCACUGCAGUGAGAAACAGAUUCCUCUAGCCGAAGUGGAGGCUCUGUCUCUGUCGUCGGAGAAAUCCUGGUCCUUAGCACUGAUGGAUGACUCUGUCCCCGACGAUUUUAACCCCCUCUUACUAACCAGUCAGGAGUGCAAUUCCACAGAUCCACCAGAUCCUCCAGACCUCCAGGAGCAAGACGAGCCAAUGCAUGAGCACCUGCUGUAUGUAAAGAAGACCUCAGUGGGCCGUACACAUUCUCUGCCUAAUGACAGCUACAUGUUUCUGCCACUUCAGCCCAAUGCAUCCCACAGUACCCACAAAACCUCAUCUCACCUCGCUCAAACAGGGUCGACUGGAUCUGUCCAGUCUCACACAGAAGAGCCCACCCAGCAUCUGAUUGUGCCCACAGAUCUGUUUCGACCGAUAAGUCCUCAUAGCCUGUCUGACUCAGAGAGCAUCCCGCGAAUCCCCCCACCUCGCCGGGCACACACUCUCUCGCGGACCUUACGCAGACAGCUCAGCAUGGUCCAACCCAAGCCUGACCCCGAACUGCUCCUGAGACACAGAUACUCCUGUUUCUGAGAGAGCCGGAAUGGGGUGGUUAAUUCAGCUGGCCUCCUCACCACUGAUCCCUCAAACUCCACCCCUGACUCUCUCCUUCCUUCACUUACCACACUCCUGAAAUCCUAUUCCUUCAGCCCAGUGCAUUUCACCAUGGCUACUGCAAAGACCAAAACUGUUGGUUAAAGAUCAUAGGGACAUAAAAAUUGAUAAAACGUUUUUGUCUGCCUUAACCACUUCUAACCCUUUGCCACAAACAUACUGAUUAAAUAAUUCACAUUUUGAUAUAAAAGCGCAAAAUUCAAACCUCUUUUUCUGCAAUCGUCUUCACUGCCUCUGAUCUAGAGAGAAACCGUUGUUAUUUUUUCUCUCUACACCAAAACGUCCAUUUUGUGUAACACGACAGUGACUGUGGUGGGAUGUUCAUAUAUAUUAUGGUGGUCUCAUUAGGUCUGUUUUUUGUAACAAAAUAAUUUGUUUACAAUUUCAAUAUUAUACUAUUUCUUUCUUUGAAGUGAACACAAUAAAACCAGAUUAAUUUUAGGUUAAAUGUAUUUCAUAAAUGUUAAAAAAAUUUGGGUAAAAAAUAAUUGUAAUAUUUUUAUGUCGACUUUUUAAAUUUGUCCUGUGUUAUAACUUAACUUGGGUUUAAUGAUACUUUACUGAUUAAAUUUUGAAAAAAUUUACACUAACAGUGGUUGAAAUCUAUUGUGACAACUUGUUCAUAAGGUCCAUCAAGUUUUUUUUUAUGUAAUUACUAGUGGUGGGCCGUUAACGGCGUUAACGCAGUGAGACUCUUAUCGCGCGUUAAAAAAAAUGUCGCCGUUAAUCUAUUCUCAAAGUUGGGUUGGGAGCUGGGUCUAUACUACGCAAGCUAUGAUGACUUUCACCUUGAUAUUUUAGCGCGGAUGUAAACCAGCUUAACUGCACUAUACUGGGCGAGAACGAGAUUUUUCAACUCGCGUGAUUCGCGUCAUUCGCGGUAGCAGAAGCCGCCUCAUCAUCUCAUAACCAGGGCUUCAUUCGCGUCCUUAGCGCCGCCUCAUCAUCUCAUAACCAGGGCUUCAUUCGCGCGAUUCGCGCAGCAAGUAGGUCUAUUGGCUCUUUGCAUUAACAUAUAAAUCACUCGCGCUUGACACGCCAUUCGCGUUUGGUCUGAACACAACAUAACGUUACUGUGAAAUUACCGCAUCAAACGUGACGUGCUAACAUGGAUACAGCUAUGAAGCCGCCGGGUUUGCUUCAGGGAAUAUUAAUUUUUAAGAAGCUUCCCAAUAGAAACAUCGACAAGACUAAGGUUGUUUGCACCUUGUGCAAUGCGGAAUUGGUUUAAAAAAAAAACUUUCUCUCAACAGGUAGUGGUCUAGCUUUGUAUUGAGAUCUAAUGUAUUAUGGCUCCUGUAUGACAUAUCGCUUGUUGCUCCCUCACUCUUUGUAAGUCGCUUUGGAUAAAAGCGUCUGCUAAAUGACUAAAUGUAAAUGUACUGUAGGAGCUCUUCCAGUCUCAAGUACCACCUAAACGCAAAUCAUCCCUUAGCUAAUGCGGAAGUAAACACAAAUUCAUCUUAUUGAACAUAAUUUAAUUUUCAUCACCAAUUAUCAUAGUAGAACAGCUUUCUCAAGCAGUUUGUGAUGCAUUUUGGAAACAGGAGAUGAGCCCCUGGUCUAAUGCGCCACCUGGCUUGAGAAACCCGUUCUCAAAGACUUACUUUUAGUCAUUAUUUGGGUAGCACACAUAUUCUGAAUGCCUUCGGCAGAAUUCAAAUGAGCCAUUUUAAUCUAGAUAAAAAAAAUUAAUCUAUGCCCACCACUAGUAAUUACUCUAAAAAUUAAACUUAUACUGAAAAGAAAUAAAAAAAGAGUUACUAGUUGCCCCAAUGUCCAGUCUAUACUGUACAUGUUUUCUUUUAUUUCCUUUUUAAAACCUGCCAAACUGAUAUGUAACAGCACAAUUAAACAUUGUUUGCAUUAUUUAAAACAAAAACAAAUGUAUGUGUCAAAAGGUUAAAGGGAACAUCAAAUAUUCAGCCUAUGGAGCAUUUAUCUUUUAUUACCUUUCGCUUUUAGUCUAGCGUACAAUUGAAUGACUGUCCAUUAUAUUUCUCCUGCCGCUAGAUGGCAGCACAACUUCAAUUUAAGUUUCAACACAACAGAUAUGUUUAAGGCUCUGUCUCUGUUCUCCAUUGGCUAUCUUUCUAAGUUUGACAAGGUUCCCCUCGAUCUUUAACACCUCAUAAAACGCCCGCCCACCUCUCUCCUACUGGGCUGAUUCCACUCUCCAACUCCCUUUAUUAGAGGAAAAGGAGCAGAUCUCCAGUUAUUGAGUUCAUAGAGACAGUGUGACCCCAUGAAGAGACGUGGGUCUUGUGGUCUGUUGCAGUAGCCCAGUGGCUCAGAGUGCAGUCUGCCAAACAGUGCCUGUAGGGUAAAUCUUUCUCUGCCCUAUUUAAACCAAUACACAAUAUUUUACUAAAAGUGCAAUUGUUACUGUACGUUUUCACCUCUGUGACUUCACCCGUACCAGUGGCAUGUAAAUCAGGCAGUCAAAGUAUUCCGCUUACUAGUUUGUGGAGAUGUUAAGAUACAGAGCGAAAUUUAGAGACAGAUAUUCACAUGGCAAUUUCUCAGUAUUCCGGUACACUUUCUGAAUUGGUUGAAAGUGCACAUGGUGAACAUUACAAUGAACACAAUAACACAGCAAAUACUGAGAAUGUUUUCAACUGGUAGUAAACUGGUUGCUGCUCUAGGAAUGUCACUUUAAAAACGAAUGUGUAACUGCUAUUGAGCAAGUUUUAUUGAAACUUUGAUACUCUUGCACAAUUUAAGAACUAUUUUUUGUCUGUUAAAGGUUUAAUCUUCGCUCACAAACUUGCCGAAUCUAGAUGCCCAAAGGCGGUGUCUCUAUUUUUCUAAUUUCACCACCCCUCAUUUGUAGCAGAGAGCUUGUGGAUUGCAAUGCUAAUGGUGAACUCCACUCUAACCCCACGCUACCCCCUCCCGUCCACCGGCUUCUCAACCCCUAACAUCUCAUACUAACUACUCUAACCUUUUCAUGUCCUAAUCCCUAAUGUUACCCCCUACCCUCCCCUCACCUCCUCCGUCCCUGCUCUCCUCAGGUGGCAGUGAGUGCUGACUCUCAGGAGACUCUGCACUCAGAGGAAGGGGACAAUGAGGAUCCCCCUGUGAACUUUCCACCUCAGCUGCAGCCCCAGCCCUCACUCUUUCUGGUACCCGCCACACCGGGCGCCUCUCCGA